GCUGUGGUCUUCCUGCCAGAAGCAUGGGGUCAGAGGAAUAGCGACAGCAGACUUGGUGUAUUGGCUGAUGCCAGGAACAUAACACUCCCUGUGGGGAGUAAGGCUGUCCUGCCUUGCCACAGCCCUCGCAUGGUGUGGACAAGGGAUAGACUAAAGGACCGUCAGAGGGUAGUGCACUGGGACGUGAUGCGGAACACGCCAAAAUACUCAGUGGAACGAAUCCUGGAUAUGUCUCCUGGAGCCCGUCAGAGGGUCUACAAUAGCUUCAACAAGGGUCGCAUUUCCAUACCAGGUUCUGCGUUUAAAGAUGGCAACUUCUCCCUUGUCAUCAACAAUGUGGUCCAAAAUGACCGAGGAGUUUACACGUGCAAUCUGCAUCAUCAUUACUGCCAGAAUCAGCAGUCUGUUCAGAUUCAGCUCAACACAACCAAGUCAGCGAACAAGGAGAAGCGAUACUGGGAUGGAGAGAAGACCAUCUUCGUGGUCUUGUUGGGAAGCUCAGUUGUAUUGCCAUGUGUCAACCGGCAUCCCCUGUGGAGAGAUGGCCUCCAAGAGGACCAGCAGCAGGUGGCCCACUGGGACUUUCAGCCACCGGGGGUGCGCCCAGAUCGAGCCAACCGCUUGGUGGACCUCUAUGCUUCAGGAGAGCGUAGGGAUUACGGUCCACUUUUUGCUGACAAGAAGAUGAGUGUGGCUGAGGAUGCUUUUACACUCGGGGACUUUUCAUUGACCAUUUUGGACUUAAAGCCAGAUGACAAAGGCCUGUACUCCUGCCACCUGCAUCACCACUACUGUGGCUUACACGAGAGACGAAUCUUCAGACUCACCGUGGGAACUUCACCGCAGUCAGUUCCUACCACCUCAUCAGUGACCAGCUAUAAUAAGGAACCUGAACCAAGGAUUGAAGAGGUGGUCAGCCCUCAUGUGGUGAACGUCAUCCUCCCUGAGCAUCGAAGCUACUUCGUGCAGCAUUUGGGCUAUUUCUUGGCAACUUUCCUGCUUCUGGCCUUCAUCGUCAUCACGAUCAUUGUGCUGACUCGGCGUCAUCAAAAGCGAGGCCUGGCAUACGACCUGCGCAGAUGCGACGAGAGAAAUGGCAUUAAUGAAGGUGAAAGCUCACUGGAUUGCACAGAGCUGAGGACCCGCAAUCAAGAACCGCUCAAUUCAGAUUACAAAAACAAUCUCCUGAAAGAGAGAGAGUUCAGCAAAGACUGCAACAAGGACUUUGAUGGCAAGCCAUGGAAGUGA